AUGAUGCUAGCAGACGAUUCGGCCAACAACCCCACCGAGAGAAACUGUCGAUACCUCCUAAACAAUUCUACGGGCAAAAGGCCCACUUCAGACAUUGAAAUAGUGGACCGUUUGUACUGCCUGGUUACUGCAACGGCUAAGAUGAUCGCCGAAACACUGUACAUGCACGCCCCAAACAACAAGUCAUUGCACAAACUUAGCGACACCGCGGACGCCCUGCUGUUUCCCUCUGAAGCCCACGGCGGUGUAUUCCAAGGCUUUGACACAAUCUCCAAAUUCAACAAUGCGCCUGCCAUGUUCCAACUUGGCAAGGAAUGUCUCUAUGAACUUGGCAAGCUCAUUACCUCUGGUCUUAAGAAAUAG